GCUGAAAACUUUUUUAAAAAACUUUUUUACUUGAAGAAACAAGUGUUGCUGUGAGCAGCUGUGCGGCGGUAGGCAGGCGGAGCGCGCGAGGAGGUCCUGGUGGGCGGAGUCAAGUUUCUGUGUCACACGCGCCGACAACUGGCGAACCCUCACAACAAACUAACAGGUGUCCUCCUCUUCCUCCUCCGUCAGACCCACAGUAAGUCACGCCACUCGUGAAGGGGCUGCUAUUUCGCACACAUAUAAAACAAAACUUUAAAAAACAAACAAAAAAAACUUCCUUUAAAACUUCUCUUCUUCACGUGAAAGUGACCUUAAAAGGCUCCCGGCAAACGCUUUUCCACGCAUGAUGCACUCGGCGCAGAAAGACACCACCUUCACCAAGAUCUUCGUGGGAGGCCUUCCUUACCACACGACGGACUCCAGUCUGAGGAAGUAUUUUGAAGUGUUCGGGGACAUCGAGGAGGCUGUGGUGAUCACUGACCGGCAGACCGGCAAAUCCAGAGGUUAUGGAUUCGUGACCAUGGCAGACCGGGCCUCAGCAGACAGAGCCUGUAAGGACCCCAACCCUAUAAUAGAUGGAAGAAAAGCCAACGUAAACCUGGCCUAUCUUGGGGCCAAACCCAGGGUCAUUCAGCCAGGGUUUGCCUUUGGCGUACCCCAAAUCCAUCCAGCAUUCAUCCAAAGGCCUUAUGGGAUCCCUGCUCACUAUGUCUACCCUCAAGCUUUUGUCCAACCCAGUGUGGUGAUCCCUCACGUGCAGCCUUCCGCUGCUACAGCAACGGCGGCGGCCGCCGCCGCUGCAACCUCCCCAUACCUUGAUUAUACCGGAGCGGCUUACGCGCAGUAUUCGGCCGCCGCCACUGCUGCUGCCGCCGCCGCCGCCUAUGAGCAGUAUCCCUACGCAGCCUCGCCAGCGCCAACCAGCUACAUGACAACAGCAGGGUACGGAUACACUGUCCAGCAGCCGCUGGCAACCGCGGCCACCCCAGGAGCUGCUGCAGCGGCGGCGGCAUUCAGCCAGUACCAGCCCCAGCAACUCCAAACAGAUCGCAUGCAGUAAAAAACAAGGAGACUACCUUUAAUGCAGGAAAACAAAAAGGGAGCGACCACCUACUUCAACUGAAAAGGAAGCUAGCAGGGCGAAGUUUUUAACCUUCCACCAAAGAGGCCGAAGAAGAAAAGUGUGGAGAUUUAGAGUUUUUUUCUCAUGUAUAUUUUAUUCAAGUGAGAUCAGUAUUGGAUAUUAUAAUAAUAUUUAAUAUUUAUUCAACAUUAAAUAUGUCAGUUUCAGGAUUUUACACACACAGCUAAGAAGAAUUUGCAAGAAAAUCUCAAGUUCAUUAGUGUCCCAUGGAUCGGCGUUCUUCCGUUACAUCGUAACAAACACUAUUUGUAGUUGGGGAAAAAUGGCUGCUGUUACCUUCCAUUUUCAGUAUUUUAAACUUUUUUCUCUGUUUGUGUCUUUGGCCCAUUAGAUGGGGUAUUUAGUUAGACCUACACAUGGAAGAAUACAUAUCAGUUUUCUUAGAAAUGUAGCUGAAGUUGGUAAUAGUAGUUUUUUUUUCCUUCAAGAACAACAAAGCAGAACAGCCGCUGAAUGUGAAUCUCUUGUUUUGAUAAAACUUUUCACGGUGUGCCUUUUAAAUAAUGCUAUUUAUAUAUUUAUUCUGGAACAUCACAGCAAUAAACCCGUCGUUUGCUUUCACAUGUAAGUAUGGAACCUGCUGCACCAUAUGUGCUGCUGGAUUUGUCUCGAGUGUUAAUAGUUUCACAGAGCGCUGCCGUCUUUAUGAAGAACAAACGAGUAGAUGAGUAGCAUUUUUUUUGUAGUUUUGUUGUAUCUAAGAUUCAGAACUCUUAAAUGUAGUUUUUUUAUUUUAUACUUGACCAGUUUGUUAAAAGACAGGGCUUAUGUGAGCUGCUAACUUUUAGAAUUUCUCAUGUUCCAUGUCUUUUGACAUUCAUGUUUUGUAAUGCAAAGGCACCACCUGUUUGCCUUGUAAUGCAUGAUUCCAAAUGAUGUGAUUUGGGAAAUAAAUUGAAAUGACCUUUG